UCUGGCAUGUAGUAGGCAUCUGGUAAAUGCUUGUUGAGGAACUGACUAUGCCAACUGUUAUUACAAAGUAAACUUUGUGGAAGACCUUUAGUUAAUGUUGAAGUUACUGUUUAAUUCUUCAGCAAGGGUACACAACUGUUGCUUGAUAUUUGAUUCGGCAAGACCAAGAUUUAACUCAGAAAUUGUGUUUAGGAGAAAACAGAAAACUUGUCAGAAGUCAGUUAACACAAGCAGUCAAGUUAGUCCAGUAUUAGCCACUGGCUCUGAACUCCAUCAGAAGGCUGAAUUGGUUGCAAAUGAGAAGGUAGAAAUUGUCAUCUCUGAAGAGGAUUUCGGGUCUCCUUCACAAGUUUAAGGAAUCUGCCUUGAGACAAUAGUUCUUAUAUUUUAAAUUUGACUCACUACUGAAAGAGAGACCCAAUAACCUGGUUCCUGUAAACCGAAACAGCAAGUAAUAGGUAAUAAGACCUCCUCUCCCUGAUGGACCAGAAUGUCUAGGCUUUCCUAUGACAGCCAAGGACUUGCCUGAUCCAGUAGAUGCAAUUAUGAAUGUAUUGAAGUAUAGCCAGAAAGACAUGGAUGUAGCUGUAGAAAAAGUCAAACAAGAAGUUAAAGAAAAAGAACUUCAAAUUCAAGAAUUAGAAGACAAAUACAAAAAAUGCCAUGUGAAAUAUUUAGAGAUGGGGAAAAUUGUGGAAGAAUAUGAAGAAAUAAUAACUCAACUGAUAGCUUAUGACCAGCAGCAGAAAGAGGCUACAAAGGCAGAAAUCCAGAAGAUUUCAGAAGAAAAACAUCAAAUUACGGCAGACCUGAACUCCAUGGAAAAGUGUUACUCUCACCUCUUCAAACUACUCGAAAAACAGAAGGAGGUUUUAAAAGGAUAUCAAAAGAAUGAAGGAGCAUUGAAGAAAUGUGUUGAAGAUUGUCUAGUAAGAAUUGAAAAGGAAGAACGGCGGUACCAAGCAUUAAAGGCUCAUGCAAAAGAAAAAUUAAACAUAGCAAAUGAAGAAAUUGCCCAGAUUCGGAGCAAAGCAAAAGCUGAGACUCUAACUUUACAAGCAAAUUUACGAAGGGAACAAAUGAGAGUCCAGUCACUAAAGAAAAGCCUGGAACAAAAAGCUUUCUCUCAGAAAUCACCUGCCCUGCAAAAAUCAGGUGCUUGUGAAGAGUUGAAGUACUGGCAUUGAGAGUUCUCUCCCUGGAGAGCUGAGAGGCAGGCUGGAUGAUGGAGCUUCCUUAGGAGUGGAUGGGACUGGGUGGGAGGUGUGCAGGGUCUGGAGAGGACAGAGACGGUUUGACUUCUGUCCCUGUGUCUAGAAGAGAGCCUGCCACACAGUAAGCAUCCAGUAAAUGCAUAUUGAAUUGAAGAGGGGGGUUGUUGGCUGGAGCUUGGGAAAGGUCUUUAACCCAGUUCAGCAAGCACUUGUUAAGCAUCCAUUUAGGCUUGGUCUCCUGUGCUAAGAGUUUAGGAUAUAGAAACCCCAACUGAAAAAUCUUUCUUGUCCUCGAAAUUACUCUUUUUGCCUAUUUAGGCAGAAAUCCUUCUUAUACUGAUACUGGUAGGGAUCCCUUGCUUUCUGAUUAGAUCAGAGGUAGGAAGAAAGCCUUGACCAGGGAAACUGAACCAAGUAUCACAAAUUCAAGAUAUAGCGGGGAGUAAGAGGAGAGUCCUUGAGCAUCUGAAGGGCGGUCUGGGAGCAGGGAAUGAGAUUAAUUUUGUCUGGCCUGUGUUGGGGUGGAGAAUUUAGGGAGCAGUUAAGGAGUAGCAGCAAUAGGCAGAUUUUAGGCUUAAUGAAAGGGAAAGGUUUCUCACCACACAAAAAGAAAAUAGACUGUCCAUCCCUGGAGAUAGGUGAGAGAAGACUGGCUGGCUACAUAUUAGGUUAUGAGGAAAGCACAGAAAGGUACUGAUGUAAUAAGAUGAUAAUAUUACAGCUGACCUUGGGAGUUUAGUUUCAUCCUCGGUCUUUGAUGAGAUUUAGUUUUGAGAACAAUGUGGGUCCCAUUUCUUACAAAUGAUUUCUACCCAAUUUGCUAUAAUUGAAGAAUUUGUGGUUGAAAUCUUUUUUUGGAUGGUAUUAUAUGACUAGUACUCAGGUGGAAGGACUCUUGUUAUACUAUGCUGUCAUUUUAUCCAAAUCAUAAAACACAGUAAGUACUGCUUUAAUCCUAAUUCACUUCCCCCCCCCCUUUCUUUAUAAGCUAAAGAAUAGCAUAAAUUGGUCAAAAUCUGUGAUGAUUUGAUUGCAUGGAUGGAAAAGAUCUGACUUGGGAAUUCUGAAUUGCUCCACUCUUUGUUCACUCUAACCACUCCUUGUUUCAAUGUUCUCAGGUAUGUGGACGGAACAUUAGUAGUGACUACUCUUACUUCACUCUUACUUUCUCAACCUCGAUUUUUUUCUUAAUUUAGUUAAUGAAACUGUUUUUUAAAGGUGCUUGAAUUAAAGUUAAAAUGAGAAAUUGGGGUUUUCUAACUUCAGCAAUCUACAGGGCUUUCCACAAAGUGCUAAAUCUCAUAGGGGUUUGCAAUCUUUCUAAAUAACGUUCUAUUCCUUGGUUGAACUAGAAUAGAUUUCAUUCAGAUCUUUCAAAAAUAGUCCCAGUGGAGAUAUUUAGAGGGUAAUUAGGAGAAUAGUAAUUAUUUCUCAUUCUUUUUUAAAAAAAAAUCAUAUCAUGUUUUUUUCAAUUGUUUAAAAUCAUUUUUAUUUUCUUUUAUUUUUAAAUCACCAUCAUUUCUGAAAUGUCCCUCUUUCCCCCUAACAUACGAACCUUUUCUUGUUCAAAAGAAAGUUUUUCCCAAGAGGAUCGGGGAGAACGAUCAUUAUUUAAAAAACAGAUUUCUAUUUUUCAGCCCCCUCUGGAGUCAACUUUGAUCGUUUCAAUGUAAUAACUUUCAACUGGUCUACUUGCCUCCAGUGUGACUCCUUUCUAUUCCCUGAUUAAUCUUACAUACCAUUGUGAGAUGAAUCUUAUUAACGUAGGCCUGGUUUUCUUCUCCUGUUCACACUUUCAGUGGUCUGUUGUCUGCAGGGAUAUGAUAUAAGUUCUUUACUGGUAUUUUAGGCUCUACAAUUUGGCUCCAAAAUACUUUUUCGGCUGUCUUCUUCCCUUUAAUGUACUGUGUAUUCCAGCCAAUCUAUACUACCGUCUUCCUUGAAUGUGCUCUGUAUUUUUCUGACUGCUUUUAGUUUAAGCAAACUAUUCUUUAUUUCAUCUUGUUCUUCCCCAUCUCUCUGCACCUAUGAUCCUGCUAUUUCUUGGUCCUGUGACAAGACCAUGAGACAUUCUGGGCUCACUGAGGAAAAGUAACCAGAAAAGACAUAUUUGCAGGUCUGCCUCAGACCUUGGCAAGGACUGGUCUAAUCUUGCAGCCCUGUAAAUCAGUCAGAGGACACCUAGUUUAAGCUCCAGACAAGGGGACUCCCUCAAUUACCCCCAGAACGUCCUGAGAUCUACCUAUCAUAAACCUUGGGCUGUGUCUCCUGGACAAAUGGCAUUCAUGUAUACAUUCUGGCAGACCCUAAAAACCUCUGUAGUUCAAAAGAAGUCUUUAUAGUUUGUGAUAAGAGACCAAAGAGAACUCUGUAGAUUAGCCAUUUGGCUGUGUUUAUUCCCUAAUAGCCCUGAAGAAUUGUAUAUUUUCCCUUUGAUUAUUGAGUUCAAAAUCCUUAUAAAUAUUGGACUCAGACUCAAAUAAAUCAGAACUGUGCACCACUGCACUUUCUCUCUGGGCCCCAUUCUCCUUACUCACUUGGGCCAAAACCUAUGCAUCUCGCUACUCCUUGUUCUCUCUCUGUCUCAGGGUAUCUCUACUGGCUCAGAGGUGUUGUAACUUGAUCCCUAUCAACUGGCCUGCUCUCUCUCUCACUCUCCUUGCUGUCAGCCUCCUCCACCGUAAGUUCGGUCCAACCCCUAUCAGUCCUGGAAUGUCCUCCUUGGAGGGCAAUGAGAGAUGCAAUAUUUUCAGGAAGGGCAAUUAGUGAGGGAAAGGACCUAGAGUUAGAACAGACCCUCUGACCAGCUGAGCCACGGAACUCUAAUAACCACAGUGCUUAUUUCAUUAAUUAAUAUUUUAGGGGGAGAAUAAGGCCUUUUAGAAGAUCCUUCAGAAAAAAAAAGAUGAGAAGGGAAGUGUGGGCAAAAUCUGUAAAAGAAUGGCCAAGCCAUAAGGAAGAGCAGUCCUUUAAAAAGAGUUUCCAUCCAUCUUUGAGGCAUUCAUUGGUGGUUGGCUGCCUUCUGUUUUCUGUUGCUUAGCACUUGGUAUGUGCAUGCUUGGAUGGGGGCUCCAAUGGGUACAUUUAGCCAGCCACACAAAGCUAUAGGGCUUACCCAUCUCAGGCCAAAUAAGGCUCUUCCCCACAGAGCAACUAUCACCCUAUCACCCACAGUAUUCUUCCUCUGGACAAACCCAGAACAUAGGCUAUGGUACUCAGUUGGCUCCCCAAGGAUAUGGUUCAGCCUAUAGCCAGUCCUCAACCUUCUUCUGGUCAGCAAUCAUCCUAUCCUGACUCUCGCCAGCAGCCAGCCCACAGCCCAUAGCAACUCUUCAGGUAGUUGUGAUAGCAGCCCCUAGUGCAGGAGCUAUGGGCAGCCCUAUGAACCCUCUCAAGGAUGUGGCCAGAAGAACCAAUAUAGCAUCAGCAGGGGCAGUGUAAGGGAUGAUGGAGGUGGCCCAGGUAGGUACGAACAAGAUUGUGAGUGGUGAAACUGGUAGUGGUGGUGGUGGCUACAGUAACCAGGGCCAGUGUGGAAGUGGUAGCAACAGCAGUCAUGGGGAAGGCUACCAGGUAUGGAAUAAUACUGGGUAUUGAUAAGGCAGAUUUAUAGAUAAGUAAUGGGAUAGAAAGAGAGGAGGUAGCAGUAGUGGGUACGAGUUUACAAGUUGUAGAGGUGGCCAUGGAGACAUAAGUGUCAUGAUAGUAGUGACUAUGGUGGCUUUACUAAAAUUCAGAGGGCCCCAGGACCAAGGAUCAAGGCUGACUGAAGAGAAUAAUUUGGUAAUAUCAUCUUUAUCCGAGGCUUGGAUGAGAGUGUUAUCACUGAGUCUAUAGCAAAUUACUUCAAGCAAGUGGUAUUAUAAAGACCACUAAGAAGACAGGGCAACCUAUGAUCAACUUGUAUGCAGGCAGGGAGACAGGAGAGCUGAAAGGAGAGGCUAUAGUAUUAUUUGAUGGUCACCCCCUUUGCCAAGGCAGCCAUUGAUUGGUAUGAUGACAAAGAAUUUUCUUGAAAUUUCAUUUAAGUCUCCUUUACCACGUGAGCAGAUUUCAGCUUUGGAUGUGGUGGUAGUAGAGGUGGCAGUUGAGGAAGAUUUUGAAGUAGAGAAAGUGGUAGUAGAAGGAAGUAGGGAGCUGGAAAUUGAAAGUGUCCCAAUUCCACCUGUGAAAACAUGAAUUUUUCUUGGAGCAACAGGCAUAAACAAUGUAAGGCACCUAAACCUGAUGGAAUUGGAGGGGAGCCUGGAGGCUCUCAUAUGGGGAGUAAUUUUGGAGAGGCUCACAGAGGUAGCAGAGGUGGUUAUGACUGUGGAAUAGCUACCAAAAUAGAGGUGGGGACAAGGGGAUUCCAAGUAGGUGGUGGAGGGGACAGAAGUGCCCUGGCAAGAUGGACUGAAGGAAUAAACACAGAGAAGGCAGAUGCAAGAGACCACAUUGGCUGGCUCUGGCAUCUCUGGACCAUCUUUCCUUCCAGACCCUUCCAUAGAUCCCUUUAUUUUGUCCCUUCCUGCCCAGUUUCCCUAUCUUUGUUUUAUGUCAGACUUUAUAAUUGUAACCAUGCUGUGUAUUGGUUAUAAGGCAGAAGAGCAUCAAGGGCUAGUCCAGCCAAAAUUACACCUUCAAGCUACCUGUGAGCCCCACCCCUUCCCCCAUUGCCCCAGAGAAUGGAGGGAAGAAGUACUCUCAUUGGUCUGCUGGACAGAGGGGUGGGGCAUGCAAAAAAUGUCUUUAGGCUUAGUGGAGGGGGGGAUGGAGCAGUUCUCUCUGUGCCUCCAGGGCAUGCAGGCCACAUCUUCCCCAACAGGGAAGGGGGUUAAGGUUAUGGGGGUUAAGUAACUUGCCAAGGGUUACACUCCUAGGAAGUGUUUGUUUGAGGCCAUAUUUGAAGUUAUGACCUUUCACCUCUAGGCCUGGCUCUCAAUUCACUGAGCUACCUAGCUGCCCCUUAUUGUUUGAGUUUAAAAAAAAUUUUUUAAAGGGUUCCCAAAAAUGAAUAUUUUAAUCAGAGCAGUUGAGGUUGGGCAGGGAGAAUUCUAAAAUCUUAGUUGGAAGGAGGGAAUGUUCUUAUCUUAAAUAAUAAAAAAUAAAACUUAAAAAUAAAGGAUUGGGGGAGGGGUUGAGGUAGUAGGAGAUAGGGAUCAUUUUAGGUAAGCAAAACAAACAAGAAGAGAAAUGUGCUAAUUUAAAAGGAGAGUAAAAUCAAUCUAAUGGAAAGCAAUUAUAAUCCUAUACAUGCCUGAAUUAAAUCCUAUAAUAAAAGAGAAUAGGAUUGAUAAGACACUAGUAAAUAUUUUUUACACUAGUAAACAUUUAUUUAGUGUUUACUAUGUACAGAAUACUGAACUAGGGGAGUUAAGAAGAGCAAAUGAAGCAGUAACAGCCCUUCUGGUAUUCAUACCUUAGUAGAGUACUAAACAUUCACAGGUGAUUGUAAUAUAAAUAUCAUCUCAAGUGAGAGUGUGUGCCUAGAACAAUGUAGAUGCACAUGGUAGUAUGGUAGAUGGCACAUACUAAGCACUAAAUAAAUACUUGUUCUCCCAUCCCUUAUAAAUGAUACUUGCAAGUAAUACAAGAAAGGUUUAAACAACUGGUAUUUGAGAUGUAAAAGGAGGAAGAAUUGUUAUUGAUGGGAAUGGGGGGAAAAGAAAUGAGAAAAACUAGUCUUUAAGCUAAGUCUAAAAGGAAGGUUCAUAUUUCAAACAGAGUCUUGGAAGGGCAUUUUAUGCAAAAUAUUAGCCAAGAUAGGGAAGGACACAUGGAUGGGGGACAGUGAGUACUCCAAUUUGGCAUUCUUGAGUAAAAUAGAAUGAGAUUAGGCUCAGAACUCUCCCAUAAAAUGAAAAUGGAUAGCAAAGUGUAUGAAAAAAUAGAAUCCUACCAUAUGUUGUUUACAAGAAACACAUUUGAAACAGGUAGACACAGAGUAAAGGUAAGAGGUUGGAGCCAAGUCUAUUGGGCUUCAACUAAGGCAAUGAAGGUAGGAGUAGCAAUCAUGAUAUCAGACAGUGCUAAAGCAAAAAUAGAUGUGAUUAAAAGAGAUAAGGAAGGUAAUUACAUCUUGAUUAAAGGCAGUAUAGACAAUGAAAAAAUAUCAGUACUCAACAUAUAUGCACCAAAUGGUAUAGCAACCAUAUUUUUAAAGGAAAAACUAAAGGAUCUUAAGAAAAUAGAUAGUAAAAUUAUACUAGUUGGGGACCUUAACCUUUCCCUAUCUGAACUAGAUAAAUCUAACCAAAAAAUAAAUAAGAAAGAAAUAAAGAAGUGAAUCAAUUUUUAGAAAAGUUAGUUAAUAGACAUCUGGAGGAAAUUGAAUAGUGAUAAAAAGGAAUAUACCUGGGGACAGCUGGGUAGCUCAGUGGAUUGAGAGCCAGUCCUAGAGACGGGAGGUCCUAGGUUCAAAUCUGGCCUCAGCCACUUCCUAGCUGUGUGACCCUGGGCAAGUCACUUGACCCCCAUUGCCUAGCCCUUACCACUCUUCUGCCUUGGAGCCAAUACACAGUAUUGACUCCAAGAUGGAAGGUAAGGGUUUAAAAAAAAAAAAGAAUAUACCUUCUUUUCAGCAGCACAUGGUACAUCUACAAAGAUUGACCAUUUACUAGGGCAUAAAAACAUCAUAAUCAAAUGCAGAAAAGCAGAAAUAAUAAAUGCAACUUUUUCAGAUCAUAUUGCAAUAAAAAUUAUAAUCAAUAAGGAUUCAUGGAGUGGCAAAUUAAAAAUUAAUUAGAAACUAAAUAAUCUAGUUCUACAUAAUGGGCAAGUCAAAGAACAAAUCAUAGAAAUAAUCACUGAUUUCUUUGAAAAGAAUGACAACAUAUCUAAAUUUAUAGGCUACAGCCAAAGCAGUACUCAAGGAAAAUGCAUAUCCCUGAGUGCUUAUAUCAACAAACUAGAGAGGGAGGAGAUAAAUGAAUUGGGUAAGCAAUUAAAGAAACUAGAAAAAGAACAAAUUAAAAAUCCCCAGUUAAAAGCUGUAUUAGAAAUCCUAAAAAUCAAAAGAGAAAUUGAUAAAACUGAAAGUAAAAGAACUAUUAAACUUAUAAAUAAGACUAGGAGCUGGUUAUAACAACAAAUAAAAUAGACAAAAUAUUUGUUAAUUUGAUUUAAAAAUAGAAAGAAGAGAACCAAAUUACCAGUAUCAAAAAUGAAAACAUUAAUUUCAUCAAUAAUGAAGAUGAAAUUAAGCAAUUAUUAGGAGCUAUUUUGUCCAAUUACAUGACAGUAAAUCUGACAAUCUAUGUGAAAUGGAUGAAUAUUUACAAAAAUAUAAAUUUCCUGUAUUAAUAAUAGAGGAAAUAGAAUACUUAAGUAAUUCCACCUCAGGAAAAGAAAUUGAACAAGUGAUCAAUGAACUCCCCAGGAAAAAAUCCCCAGGACCAGAUGGGUUCACAAGUGAAUUCUAUCAAACAUUUAAAGAACAACUAAUCCCAAUAGUAUACAAAUAAUUUGAUAAAAUAAGCAAAGAAGUUUCACCAAAUUCUUUUUUUUGACACAAAUAUAGUACUGAUAUCCUAAUCCAGGAAGACCAAGAAUAGAGAAAGAAAAUUAUAGACCAAACUCCUUAAUGAACAUAGAUGCAAAACUCUUACAUAAAAUACUAGCAAAGAGACUACAGCAAUAUAUAACAGGAAUCAUUCACUAUGACCAGGUGGGAUUUAUACCAGGUAUCCAAGAAUGGUUUAAUAUUAGUGUGAAUUUUAGAUUUACUCCACCCUUCUUAGUCUUUAGAAUUCUAGUAACCAGGAAUGUAUACACCCCCACUUAAGGAUUAACUGUGGGGGAGGAUGGUUGAUGACCCACGUGUGCUAGCAAGUGACAAAUCAGAAACAACUGACUGACCCCCUGGGCUGUCUUAAGCCAGGUUUAAGCCACCAUUGGUACAUGUGAGAUACAGGAAGUGAUGUAAAGAACUGCCUUUAUAUUUUUCACCACUUCCUGUGAGGGGGGGCUUUUGCAGUCUUUGGUGGCCUUUUGAGGUGGUUCUUAACAUGGAGGGCUAGAGUGUGGAGACCUGAGACUGCUUCCUUUAGGUGACCACGUGAUGAGUGUUAAGGCUGAAUCCUCUUUCCCUGGCUUUCUGAAGGUACCAGCCUCCAAUGAGGCCCCUCAUCUUGGAGGAAGCUAAGCUAGAUUUAAUCUUCUAGGAAGGUCCCUUGGCUGAGGCCUCUGAACUCCCCCUGGCUCAGGCCAGACUGAAGUAGAUCUUCUACCCUUUCCCUCUUUCUCCCUCAUUCUUAAUUUCUUCCUUCUAUUGUAAAUAAACCACCAUAAAAUUCUAUUCUGACUUGAGUAUUUCAUUGGGAUUUAACAAUUAAAUCCCUUGUGGCAAGGUUAGGACAUUAAUGCAUUGCUAGUGGAGCUGUGAACUGAUCCAACCAUUCUGGAGGGCAAUUUGGAACUAUGCCCAAAGGGCAGUAAAAGACUGUCUGCCCUUUGAUCCAGCCAUAGCUUUGCUAGGCUUGUAUCCAAAAGAGAUAAUAAGGAAAAAGACUUGUACAAGAAUAUUCAUAGCUGCGCUCUUUGUGGUGGCCAAAAAUUGCAAAAUGAGGGGAUGCCCUUCAAUUGGAGAAUGGCUGAACAAAUUGUGGUAUAUGUUGGUGAUGGAAUACUAUUGUGCUCAAAGGAAUAAUAAAGUGGAGGAAUUCCAUAGGAACUGGAACAACCUCCAGGAAUUGAUGCAGAGUGAGAGGAACAGAAUCAGGAGAACAUUGUACACAGAGACUGAUACACUGUGGUACAAAAGCGUGUAAUGAAAUUCUCCAUUAGUGGCAAUGCAGUGAUCCUGAAUAAUUUGGAGGAAUCUAUGAGAAAAACCACUAUCCACAUUCAGAGGAAAAACUGUGGGAAUAGAAACACCAAAGAAAAACAACUGUUUGAAUACAUGGGUUGAGGGGAAGUGGCUGGGGAGGUAGACUCUAAAUGAACAUCCUAAUGCAAAACACCAACAUCAUGGAAAUAGAUUCCGAUCAAGGACUCAAGUAAUACCCAAUGAAAUUGCGCAUUGGCUGCGGGAGGUUGGGUGGAGGGGAGGGAGGGAAAUAAUGUGAUUAUUGUAACCAAGGAAUAAUGUUCUAAAUUGAUUAAAUAAAUUAAUUUAAUAAAAAAAUAAACUCAAGGACAUAGAAUUUAAAUCCCUGGUGACCACUAAAAAUAUAUAUUCAGUCUCAAAUUUACCCUCAACAGUCUGGCUAAUCCACGAAGGUUUUGACAACUACCCUCAAUCUCCCUGAAAAAUUUCUUUCCUCUUUCUCUCUUUACAACCUCCUCUUAAGCCUACAAUUAGAACAGCUG